AUGCCCAUGAUGAUGACCAUGACCAUGAUGACCAUGAUGCCCAUGAGCAUGAAGAUGACCAUUACCAUGAUGACCAUGAUAAUGACCAUGAUGAUGACCAUGACCAUGAUGAUGACCAUGACCAUGAUGACCAUGAUGACCAUGACAAUGCCCAUGAUUAUGACCAUGAUGACAAUGACCAUGACCAUGACCAUGACCAUGACCACGAUGACCAUGAUUAUGACGAUGACCAUGAUGAUGACCACAAUGUCCAUGACCAUGAUACCCAUGCCCAUGCCCAUAAUGACCAUGCCCAUGAUGAUGACCAUGACCAUGAUGAUGAUGACCAUGAUGAUGCCCAUGCCCAUGAUGAUGACCAUGCCCAUGAUGAUGACCAUGACCAUGACCAUGAUGAUGACCAUGCCCAUGAUGAUGUCCAUGACCAUGAUGAUGACCAUGACCAUGAUGAUGACCAUGCCCAUGAUGAUGACCAUGAUGAUGACCAUGAUAAUGACCAUGAUGAUGCCCAUGAGCAUGAAGAUGACCAUUACCAUGAUGACCAUGAUAAUGACCAUGAUGAUGACCAUGGAGGAGCAGGCCGAGGAGGUGAAGAAGAAGAAGAAGGACGACGAGGAGGACACGAUCCCGCCGGAGAUCUGGGAGCUGCUCAAGGGCGUCACCAAGAAGAGCGAGUACGAGCGCAUCGCCUUCCAGUACGGCAUCACCGACCUGCGCGGCAUGCUCAAGCGCCUCAAGAAGAUCAAGGUGGAGCCCAAGAAGAGCGAAGCCUUCAUCCGGAAGUUGGACCCCGCCUACCAGGUGGACAAGGGCAACAAGAUCCGGCUGAUGGUGGAGCUCAGCAACCCCGACCUGCCCCUCAAGUGGUACAAGAACGGGCAGCUCAUCAAACCCAGCAACAAGUACGUGUUCGAGAACGUGGGUCUCAAGCGCAUCCUCACCAUCAACAAGUGCUCCCUGGCUGACGACGCCGCCUACGAGUGCCGGGUCAACGACGAGAAAUGCUUCACCGAGGUCUUCGUCAAAGAGCCGCCGGUGACCAUCGUGAAGGGCCCUGAGGACCAGCAGGUGGUGGUGGGCGAGCGCGUGGUGCUGGAGGCCGAGGUGUCCGAGGAGGGCGCGCAGGUCAUGUGGACCAAGGACGGCGUGGAGCUGACCCGCGAGGAGACCUUCAAGUACCGCUUCAAGAAGGACGGCAAGAAGCACUUCCUGAUCCUCAACGAGGCCAUCAAGGAGGACACCGGCCGCUACCGCAUCAUGACCAACGGCGGCGAGGCCGAGGCCGAGGUCAUCGUGGAAGAGAAGCAGCUGGAGGUGCUGCAGGGCAUCGCGGACCUGACGGUGCAGGCCACCGAGCAGGCCGUGUUCAAGUGCGAGGUGUCGGACGAGAAGGUCACCGGGCGCUGGUUCAAGAACGGCGUCGAGGUUCGGCCCAGCAAACGCAUCCACAUCUCCCACACCGGCAGGAUCCACAAGCUGGUGAUCGACGACGUGCGCCCCGAGGACGAGGGCGAUUACACCUUCGUGCCCGACGGCUUCGCCCUCACCCUCUCGGCCAAGCUCAACUUCCUCGAGAUCAAGGUGGAGUAUGUCCCCAAACAAGAGCCCCCCAAGAUCCACCUGGACUGCUCGGGCCGGGACUCGGAGAACACCUUGGUGGUGGUGGCGGGAAACAAACUGCGCCUGGACGUGCCCAUCUCGGGAGAGCCCCUGCCCAUGGUCACCUGGAGCAAGGACGGACAGGAGUUCUCGGCCCGUGAGGGGCGUGUCCGUCUGGAGGACCGGACGCAGCUGAGCAGUUUCGUCAUCGAGAGCGCCGAGCGCGCCGACGAGGGGCGCUACGAGAUCCGCGUCACCAACCCGGCCGGCGAGGACACGGCCGCCAUCACCAUCCGCGUCGUGGACGUCCCCGACCCGCCCGAGGCCGUUCGCGUCACCCAGGUGGGCGAGGACUGGGCCGUGCUGGUCUGGGAACCGCCCAAGUUCGACGGGGGGCAGCCGGUCACAG